CCAACACCAGCUCCUUCUUCUGGACCGUGGCCAUCGCGCUCUAUCUGUACCUGAGCAUCGUGCACGCGGGGCGCGGGCCCCAGGCCGACCGCCUGUUCUGGGUCUUCCACGUCUUCAGAACUGGAACGGGAACAGGAACGGAAACUGGAACCAGGCUGGAGGCUGAAGCCCAACUUCAAGGGAGGCCCCAUAAACCGGGGAUCCAAGUGCCCACACCUUGUUCAGGACCCAUUGGUGACCUGUUAGGAGCCUGGCCGCACAGCCCGAGCUGGGGCGUCCCACUGGUCAUCACUGUGGUGGCUGUUGCCCUCAACAAGAUUGGCUACGACGCCUCUGACGUGUCCGUGGGCUGGUGCUGGGUGGACCUGGAGGCCGAGGACCACCUGCUGUGGCUGCUGCUCACCGGGAAGCUGUGGGAGAUGCUGGCCUACAUCACGCUGCCUGUGCUCUACCUGCUGGUCCGCAAACACAUCAACAGAGCGCACGAGGCGCUGUCCGAGUACCGGCCCAUCUGCGAGGCCCAUCCUCCUCCGCAGCCCUGCGCCCCCGCCUCCACCUGGGCCGCAGUGGCUGACAAGAAGCUCGUGCUGAUCCCGCUCGUCUUCAUCUGCCUGCGCAUCUGGGGCACCGUGCGCUUCGUGCUCACACUGUGUGGCUCCCCGCUGGUGCGCGCACCUGCACUUGUCCUUCUACACGGCGUUGGGAAUACCUUCCAGGGCGGAGCUAACUGCAUCCUGUUCGUCCUGGGCACCCGUGCCAUCAGAGAGCGGCUCUUUGCCUUGUGCUGCUGUUGUCUCCAGCCCUCCACCCCAAGCCCGGCCAACCACCUCAAGGUGUCCACGUCCUCCAUGCUGGGAGACCCUCAGGACUCCGGUGAAGCUGUCCACUCAUGAGGAAGCAGAGCCCCCUCAGCCUCUUCUACCUCCCACACCCUCGGUGCACUUGGGGUUCAUCUGCUAGAGGCCAGCAGGAGACUCCGGAGCUGGGGACCCAGGGUUCCACCAGAGCCUGUCGUCCAGGGACCCACAGUGUCCCCAGGCCACGAUGCACUGUUUACAAUUGUGAGACCCCCAUCUGUGCCCCGCCAUGACUAACUGUCAGGGGACUGGGAUGGGUCCCCGGCACCAACAUUGAAGAGGAGCAGAUACCUUGUAGCCAGGGAGCAGAGUCCCUGGGACGGCCAGCUCCGUUGGCCAGUGGUGCUGGUCAGCAGAGAGGCCAGUUCCUUCCAACCAGGCCAUGCCUUCUGUCCCCUGUGGCUGCAAGUGAUGGCCACCAAGAAGCACAGUUCAGCUCAGGCCCAGAGUCAGUGUCGGGGUGCUAGGUUUCUUGCUGUGGGUUAUCAGCCCUUAGGGUUGCAUUUCAGAACCCACAGACCUGCCUCUGCCUGUCCCAUAAUAUGCAGGUCUCCUCCUCCAGUGCUGGCCAGGUGGCCUCUCAGGGUGUCCCUGAGAACAGGCGUUUCAGACCAUCCCCUCCUUAGUUUGACCAGAAGAAGUGGGUCGGGAGGGCAUGGGGCUCGUCCACUUGCUGGUUGAGUUUCCUGUAGGAAGAGGAUCCACUCGGGAGUUACUGAAGGAUCCAAAUACUGAGUCUUGGAGGUGUAGGCUUGGGCUGGGAUGGAGCCUGGGUAGAGGCCUGCUUGGUCCGGCUCCCCUACCCC